AUGUUCCGAUACUUGGCCUUUGUCCUGCUGAUCGGUGCCUGUGUGGCCACCGAUGACGAUGCCCACGCUCAUGUGGCAAAGCAGUACAAAAAGGAGGAUGGACAUGGCAAGUUCUCGUAUGGCUUUGACAUAACCAAUGGCAUUGGUGCCGGCGAGGCUGGAGAUGAGCAUCAGGUGAACGGCGAGUACCACUUCAUUUCAAAGGAAGGUCUACCUGUAAAGGUAUCAUACACUGCCGAUGAGAACGGCUAUCAUCCGCACGGGGAUCUGCUGCCCACGCCACCACCCACACCGGAGGCAAUCCUGCGGGCACUGGCCUACAUCGACGCCCAUCCCAAGAGGGAGGAGCCGCGCCCUGUUCAUCAUCAGACUCCUCAUUCUCAUCCAGUGCAUCCUCAGGCGCCUCGUUCCCAUCAAGUAAAUCAUCAGCAGUCUCAUUCGCAUCCUGUGCAUCACCAGCCUCCUCGUUCCCAUCAAGCGCAUCCUCAGCAGCCUCUCCCAGUGCAUCUAGCGCAUCCAGUACAUCCAACGGUCAGUCCCCAUGGUCACCAUCACCUCCACUGA